AUGAGGCGGCAAACCAGGGUUUCCUCGGUUGCGUGCCACGCAGCAACAAGCCCUCUGUCUGCACGAAGGGCGAUCAUGUCGCUGCCCUUGGCGACGUUGAGGUAGCUCCAGAAGCUCGCAGCACUCAAAGCAAAGGGCGUGAUCCUUGAACGACAGUUCGAGGUGAUCCAUGUGAGGGAGGGCAACUCCCUCUCGAGCAAAGGCUGGGAGGCCUUCGAUUUGGCAUGGAACCUGAGGAGCAGCGGCGUGUUUUCGGAAGAAGAGUGGACCACGCAGGUCGAUGGAGAUAUCUUCGGCAUCAUCAACAGCGCUCGCCCUACACUGCUGUCACGCAGCAACAAGCCCUCUGUCUGCAUCCGGAAUGCGAUUCUAGCGCGAAGACACUCACUCGUGGCAAAGACGGCCAGUGGCCAGAUGGACGAGCUGAGUCUCGUGGACGACGACGACAGCAUGGAAACGGACGACGAGAUUCACGCCAUGGAGAUUCCGGAUGGGUUUCGCAUUCAAGCAUCUACACCGGCAGCUCUUGACUAUUCGUUACUGCAGCGUGGAGUACUCGUUAGGCUGGGCAUGGGGU